UGUAUUUGUGAUUUAACUUGGCGUAAUAUGUUGCAAACAUUAGAACAUUAUUAUACCAUUUUAAUAAAUAAUAAGUGAAUAUUUUCAUUACUAGUUAGAUUCUUAUGUGAUAAUAGUGCGUAACCGCUAGUUGCUGUACUGCUGUUUCAUUGUUUGUACAGUUGCAAUAUUUUCGUAAUCUUUGCGUCACAGUUGUAAUUAUUUUGGCCGUAUUCUGUUUGUAUCGUACAUUUGUUGACUCACAAACUCACAAUCACUUUGAAUACGGUCUUGGCAACAGUGAGUGGUGUUCCAAUGUGACCUUGAACCUAAGGAAACAGCUGUUUGGACCAGGUAGUCAUGGACUCUUUCUUCAGUCUCUUCGACCCUUCAGAGGGUGGGCAGGCGAAACAAUCGAAUAAGAAGCAUCAGAAAUCAGAUGCGGAUACCAAAAAGAACCCAGAUGCACCGAAAGGUAGGAGGAAAGGCAGAAGGUCACACGCUAAACAAGAGACCCAGCCAGAGGAAUCGUCUUUCCUCUGCGAGCCGGAUCUUAGUACCGAGCUUCUAGUCAAAGAUUGUAGCUAUAUUGAAAACUAUAUGGAAGUUAAGAAAGACGAUGAUACAAAAUUGGAUAAACCAAAGCGUCGUAAUUCAGGUAGAAAAUAUAGAAGGAAAAAGAACAAAGUAUCAACAACGAAAGAUAUCUCACCAUCUUGGAUAGAUGCUGAAGAAACUGAAGAUCCAAAGAAUUGGAACAAUCAAUCACCAGUACCUAAAAUGUACGAUGAAAAUAUAGGAAAGAAUGUUAAUGAUCUAGGUAAAGAAGAUUAUAAAAAGAAUAGAAGGAAAGAUUUUGAAAAAGUUGGGUUUUCAGAUAAAGACAAAAGUGGUUAUCUAGACAGAGCUGUGUACCAUAAUGUGAUAGAUAAAUUGGAAAAAGUUGGUCUGAAAGAUGAAAUGUACUUGGCUGGUGAUUUCAAUGAUGAAGACUUGGAGAAUGAUUUCUUCUACAGUUCUGAUGAUAUGGAAGAUUAUUUUGAUGAUGAUACUACUUCCGACUCUGAAGACUCCGGUGAGGAGUGCUACGGCAGCCUGCCUCCGGAGCCCCGCUUUGGUAAUGUUGAAUACAAGCUGCAGCUGGUUGAACCUUGCGAGAGAAGGUUCCAGCAUUUAGUAACACAGUUAAAAUGGCGGCUGAGAUCUGGCGGCGGUAGUGCCGUGUAUGUGGUGGGUGUGCGGGACUGCGGCGCACUGCGCGGGCUGCGUGCGCGUGCGCUGCGAGCCAGCCUGCGUGCGCUGCGCCGCAUGGCCGCCGCACUCGGCGCUGCGCCGGUCGCCGCACGCGCACGUCGUCUCGCACCACACAGGGCUGUCGCUGAGGUUUAUAUACGAAAGUUGGCAGAUACACAGCAGAGCGUAGAGUUGAGGAUAGCUGUGUUGGGGGCCAACGAGGCGGGCAAGUCCACACUCAUAGGUGUACUAACACAAGGUGAAUUGGACAACGGUCGUGGCAGCGCUCGUCUGAACAUGUUCCGUCACUUGCACGAAGUCAAGAGUGGACGUACUUCAUCUCUCAGUCAUGAAAUACUUGGAUUUGAUGCUCAGGGCAAUGUGGUUAAUUACGGUUGUUCAGAAUUAAUGACAGCGGAACGUAUAGGAGAGAGGAGUGCCAAGUUGGUGUCAUUCCUCGACCUGGCUGGUCAUACGAAGUACCAGAGGACCACACUGCACGGUCUGAGCGGGUACUCGCCGCACUACGCCAUGAUUGUGAUAUCAGCAACCGCAGGCAUCACUCGUAUAACAGAAGAACACAUCGCGUUACUAAUUGCACUGGAGCUGCCAUUCUUCGCGGUCAUCAGCAAAUGUGAACUCUGUCCAGCUAAUGUACGACCACUGGUGCAGCGGCUGGAGGUACUGCUGGCACCUGAAGGGGAGACCACUUUUAAAAAGAAGAAACCAGUGUUGAUAACGGAUGAGAACAUGGCGCGGAACUGCGUCGCUCCUCAACAGUCGAUCCUCGACUCCAUUGACAAAUGUUCUGAUGAUGAGGACAAGAAAGAUGAUGGUUGCAUAGAGCAAGUGGCAGUGUUUCCAGUGAGCUGCGUGCGCGGCGCUGGACUGAAUGCUUUGCACGCGUACUUACUGGCGCUGCAACCGCCCAUACCUGACUUGCAGCCGCAACAAGAUGAUGAGACAUGUGAAUUUCAAAUAGAUGAGAUCUUCCAUGUUGGUGACAGCAGCGGACCUGUUGUUGGAGGACUGCUCGCUAGAGGACAACUGUAUGAAGGAGAUAACCUGAUUAUAGGUCCGUUAGAAAAUGGUGAAUUCGUGGAGAUAUCGGUGAAGAGUAUAUAUAGGAAUAGGGUCCCAUGUGGCAGCGUGCGCGCGGGGCAGAGCGCCAGCCUGGGACUGGACCGCGCUCCGCCAGUACUGCGCCAGGGCAUGGUGCUACUGGCCGUGCCCCCGGGGUACAGAGCACCACACGACAGACCCACAUUCGGCACCUGCAGCUGCAGGACCGGGAUACCGCAAGUAAUUCGUAAUUCACAAUCAAAAGAGACGAAAAAUCGUAAAAAUGUGCGCAGGAAAAAUAAAAAUUUCUUACAAGACAUCGCUAAUGUUGAGAAUUGUCUCGUCAAAUGUAAAGACAAGAUAGAAGAGGGCAAUAUUUAUAGAUCUGACAGUGAUGGUGAAAAAAUAGAUACAAACCAGAAUGUAGAUGUGAAAUGCGCAUGCGGAGAUGUUGUCCCUCUGGAGGAUCCUAACGACCCUAGGGGAUGUUUAUAUUUUCAGGCUACAGUACACGUGUUGAGACAUUCAACCGCCAUAUAUCCCGGCUUUCAGUGCUCCGUUCAUGUCGGCAAUGUACGACAGACUGCUAUUAUUGAGGGUAUAAUGUCGGGUAACAGCGAGCUCCGUGCGGGCGAGACCGCAUCAAUACUGUUCAGGUUUGCGCGUUGUCCUGAAUACUUGGUGAGAGGAAGACGGAUGCUGUUCACUGCAGGACUUGGCACUAGGGCAAUCGGACGUAUAACACAAUUAUUCCCAUAUUUACCAUCGACUUGAAUCCAGCAAU